CCGGCAGAACAACGUGGCCCACGUUUAACAAAAGACCGUGUGGCCCGGGAGCCCAGCUAAGAGCCUGCCGGUGGCGAUCUUUCUAGAUCCGCGUGCACAGUGAGCAAGCUCAGCCGUGCCUUUUUGAUGCGCUGCAGCUGAUCGGCGAUCAGAUUACAGGCACUCCAUCUCCCAGCUCGCCCGCCUUUGAUCUGCGCGGGUAAUCCAUUUUCCUGGAUUUGAAGUUUCGUCUGGGCUUGCGCCCACACACAUUUUUGGGGAGGCAGAAGCGUUUGGCGCGGAAGUGCCAGCAAGCUGAGGAAAGCGUGAGUCUGGAGCCCAGGCGAGUAGCAGGGAUAAACACGUCUGAUGAGAGCAAUGGCUUUCAAGGUCCUGCUUGAACAAGGGAGGGUGCUCUUCACCACCAUGCUUUUCCUAGGCUAUUUGUCAUGUAAAGUGAUCUGUGAAACCGGAGACUGCCGGCAGCAAGAAUUCAAGGAUCGGUCUGGAAACUGUGUCCUCUGCAAACAGUGUGGACCUGGCAUGGAGUUGUCCAAGGAAUGCGGCUUCGGCUACGGGGAGGAGGCUCAGUGUGUGCCCUGCCGGCCGCACAGGUUCAAGGAGGACUGGGGCUUCCAGAAGUGCAAGCCAUGUGUGGACUGUGCAUUGGUGAACCGCUUCCAGAGGUCCAACUGUUCCCACACCAGUGACACUGUCUGCGGGGACUGCUUGCCAGGAUUUUACCGAAAGACCAAACUUGUUGGUUUUCAAGACAUGGAGUGUGUGCCCUGUGGAGACCCACCUCCUCCCUACGAACCACACUGUACCAGUAAGGUGAACCUCGUGAAGAUCUCGUCCACGGCCUCCAGCCCUCGGGAUACAGCCCUGGCUGCUGUCAUCUGCAGUGCUCUGGCCACCGUGCUGCUGGCCCUGCUCAUCCUGUGUGUCAUCUACUGCAAGAGGCAGUUCAUGGAGAAGAAGCCCAGCUGGUCCCUGAGGUCACAGGACAUUCAGUACAAUGGCUCUGAGCUGUCAUGUUUUGACCAGCCUCGGCUCCGCCACUGUGCCCAUAGAGCGUGUUGUCAGUGUCACCGGGACUCAGCCCAGACCUAUGGGCCCGUUCACCUGAUUCCAUCUUUGUGCUGUGAGGAGGCCCGCAGCCCUGCCCGCACUGCGCUUGGCUGUGGGCUGCGUUCUACAGCUGCCCUUCAGGAGAGAAAUGCAGCUUCACUGGGGAACACAAUGCCAGCUUUCUUCGGCUCUGUUUCCCGUUCCAUCUGCGGUGAGUUUUCGGAUGCCUGGCCUCUGAUGCAGAACCCUCUGGGUGGUGACAGCUCCUUUUGUGACUCCUAUCCUGAACUCACUGGAGAAGAUGUCAAUUCCAUCAAUCCAGAAAAUGAAAGCUCAGCAUCUUUGGAUUCCAUUGGUGGUCAGGAUCCAGCUGGGGCAGCUGUUCCAGAUUCUUCUGGAAAUUUCUCAGGAACUAUUGACUCACCUAGAAAUGGUGAUAUAGUCUGGGAGCAGACCCUAGCUCAGGAUGCUCAAAGGACUCCAAGCCAAGGAGGCUGGGAAGGCAGUGACACCUUGGACCUAGCCAUGCCCACAUCCUUCCAGGAUGCCUGAAGACCACCUUCCUGAAGUGGAGGUGUGGGUCUGGACACACCUCUGUUGGGGCUUACAGACUGAGUACUCUUGACUGUCUAUGGUUUCUGGAGGAAAAAAUAAAUCUGAACCAAACUGGCAGCAUUUCCAGCCUUUCAACCAGUUGCUUCUGAGCCUGACCAGCUGUAAGCCGAAACCUCAACAAGAAGCAAGGAGAGGCUGCCGGCGGCCUGGGGACCUGCGCUUCUCCCCUAAACAAGAACCUUAGCUGAAGGCAAUUUGAAGGACCAAUGGGUGGAAUGUACUGCCUGAAAGAUUGUGGGCACAGCAGGACCUAGCCUGGCCCCUUCUUACAUCCAUGGUGAAUGUGGUUUCACAAGACCCAGAGUAUAGACAUAGAGUAUAGUAUAGGCAUUCUCUUUCCGAAGUAAUCCCUUAUCCUAUGACAAGCCUUGGAAGAGCCCUUCCUUGGAUUUUAAGCAGAGCUCUGGGGGUUCUGUUGAAGAAAGUCACUCUCUCAUCAGCAGGUUGGUAUACAGCAGUGGGCUGAAGGGGCUUCGUAGCCCUGCCUCAAUCGUGGUUUGGUGAAGUCAACUAGCCUAUUCAUUAUGAGCAACUUUUGGUCUCUUCCCCAUGAAUGUGCAGCAGCGUUGACAGGACAGGAAGCCUGGGUUAUGGGAUGUAGAAGGGAAGAGGGCAUCACUUUACUAUCGUAACCACCUACUGUGCAUAUCCUGAAGCCUGACUGUGUGUGUUAGGACCGUGACUGUGGAAGCAUGUGUUAGGUAUGCCCGCCCCCUCCCCGUGCUGGGCUCACAAUGCCCGAGUUCUUAUAUAGGAAGGAGGUGCUUAAAAACAUAGUAAUCUGUGAUCUGCACCUGAAUUUAUAUAAAAUGCUUCGGCAUCUUGAGUGUGCCACUGCAGGGUCCUUAAGUGGGAAGCUAGUGCACAUUAGAACCAGAUGUGGAAAAGCAUGGUUGGCAGACAGUUUGGGAGAACAGGCUCCCUGAUGCCAUAUAGUCUAACCAAGGCUUUGCAGUACAGCAUUCUGAUGUAGGGGUGUUAUGUAAGGUGUCCCAUCUUCUCCAUGAGGGCAUCUCCCUACCAGAACAGUCUCUAAGGCUAAGGAAGAAUGAGGGCUCAUUUUCUCUUUAUCAUUUGCCCUGCGGCUUCAUUAGGCAGGACUUACUUGGUUUCCGGUUUGAACUUACAUAAUCAGAUUUGACCUCUGCCUUUUGACCCUUUGUUGUUGCUCUGUUACAUUUACACUCUAAAAAAUAUCUAGAUCUGUGACAUAAAUGUGAUUGGAUUCACUGGAAGCUGCCCUUCUUAAAUUGGGCUCUCUUCCCUGCCACCAAAACCAAACAUGGAGAUACUGUCUUCCUAGAUAUUUUUAUCUUCUGUUUCCCCCCAUGGUUUUCUCUCUUUGUAAGACAUGGAUAGAUUUAAUGAGCCCUCUCCCUGUGGCCUCUUUCUAGCCAUAAUUAUAGCUUUUGAUGUGUAUCUUCUGGCUUGUCUGUACCUGUUGCUUCUCAUGACGUCUGCUCUUUUGCCAGCUAUAGGAAGAACACUGCCAUAAUGUCCCAUGGUAGCUCACAUCUGCUUUCAUGUCCACUGGUGCCCAGUCAUAACUGAUUGACAUUUUUGUUUCUGUGUCCCCAGCCCUUAUGAGAAUUGGCUUUAGGAAAGUCGUAAACAUUUAGGAUUUAACCAGCAGAUUUCCAUGAGGAUGCAAGCUGAGCUCCCUGAAUGGCCUCCUCAUAAUGCACAUGUGUGUGCCAUUGUUUGCAACCUAAUCAUCUCUGUUAUGACAGAGGGAUGAUCAAAGCCAGCAGGGUUGUGUUCCUUUGUGUAACCUGAAUAUAUUUUCCACAUGCCAAGCCCUGAUGGACUUCAAAGACACAGCUGGGGAAAGCCAGACUGAUGGAAGAGAGACUUUGGCCCCAAAUCCCAAAAUAUCACUUUCAAUCAGAAGAGAAAUGCUGAGGGUUAAAAAUUGAUUUCAUUUGAUACUGCACUUGGAAGAUUCUGGAUCAUCAUCAAAAAGGAGAUAUGCUCGCACCAGCCACUCUAGAAACAUGCAACAGUGUUUUUACAUUUUACACUCACUGUAAACAAGAGGGGAAAACGCAACUUGCGCUUCACAUGAUUGGAGCAUCUUACAAGGCUGUUUACACAGGAGCUGGCAUGCUGAUGUCAGACACUUGUACAGAGAGGCAUCUUGACAUAGGGGCCCCCGACCUCCCCUUUCACAUGGCAGAAGCCAGGACAAGAUGAAGGCAAGGAGUUUUGAAUCAGUCAGGUCAAGUCAUGUGUUUUCUAUUUUGAAUAAUACGGAAUAUAUUUUGAAUUUUGGGGUUUUCUACUUUAAAGAGUUACUGCUGCUGUUUUUUAGUAUAGGCACUGCUGUGUGUGUUAGAAGAAAACAGAAAAGGAAAGAAAAACAAUCACCGCUUUUAAGAUAGUUUGUAUCAGCUUAGAUUUCAUCAUGACUGUUUUACAUACUGGAAUUUAUAAAUUGUAAGUUAUCAUUUUCCAAUGCGAACCCUUUUUAAUGCUUUUUAAAACUUGUGAAUAAAAUUGAU